UGCAGUGUAGCCCAGGGAGGCCCGGCUGGCCCUAAGCCCAGAAGCCCUUCUGGUCCCCAGGGGAAGGGGCCCGCCCCGGCAGGCUCCCCUCCCCCACACCCACGGCUAAGUAAGACUUUCCCUUGAAAGGGCAGAAGCCAACCUGAAUCCCAGAAUCUGACAUUCCGAGACUCGACCAGGCCUGCUUUGCCGAGUAGGAAUUGCAGCCAAGGAGAGAGCCCAGUGCCAGCCCCAAGGUCUCCGAGGCCCAGCCAAGGGUGCAGGCAUCGGGCUGGUACCAGGGCCUGGGCCUCCUUCCACCCAGCUGUCACCCCACUCCACCCCCCAACACCACCCAGAUGUCUGUCUCAGUGGUGCUGUCCCUGCCUGCCCCAUUAUUGCUGCAGGCCCAGCCAGCUGGGCCUCGCUCGGGUUGAUGGAGUGUGUACCUCCAGAGCCCUGGACAAAAGGCUGUGGAGGGGGGACGGGGAGACAUGGGCCCUGACCAGCCCGCUCUCCCUGACCUUAGGAGUCAGAUAUGCCAGAUGAGGUCAACAUUGAUGAGCUGUUGGAAUUGGACAGUGAAGAGGAGAGAAGUCGGAAAAUCCAGGGACUCUUGGAGUCCUGCAGGAAUCCCACGGAGGACUUCAUCCAGGAGCUGCUGGCCAAGCUCCGGGGCUUACACAAGCAGCCGGGCUUCCCACAGCCCAGCCUCACAGAUGACUGCAGCCUGAGCCCCCACCAGGACCGGGCCCACACCGCCCCACCCUGACCGACACCCACCUCUGUAUUCCACCCCCAAAGCCCAGAUUGUUUCUAAGUUGUAUUUAAUGGUUCUGUAACUGCCUCCAGUAUCUGGCUUUUCCUCUCCCUGCCACUGGCCUUCUGCAGCCCCUGCCCUUGGUCCCCAAGCCACAGCUGGCCCUGACAGAUGGAAAAACAUUCCUCCUUGCCACAGAGCCUGAGAACAUACCCUGCUGACCCCGAGGCGUCUUGGAGACUCACAUCCUGUCCCCACCUCCCCCCCCAAAAAAUAAAUUCAGCCCCAACCAGGGCAGAUCCCUGGACCACAGGACAUGUGGUGAUGCACACAGCCAGCUGUGACCUCUGUCAUCUCCCCAUAGGGCAUCACACAGCCAUGAGGCCAUUAGUCCAC